AUGUUGGCGGGCAGAGCCUCGGAACGGCACGAAACCAACACGGCCGUGGCUGAUGACAACAGUGGGGCCCCGACUGACCCUCUUGGAUUCUCGAGUGAUCCAGUGGAGCUUGACUAUGAUGAAUGGAAGGAAAAACACGGUGUUCAAGAGCGUAUGACUAAUUGUUAUGGCCUCACCAAUUGCAUGCCGGUGUUUGUGUCUCAAGAUCGGUGCGACGUCCUGGUUGAAUCAGACGGCAGAUACUACAUGUGGGCUCGCGAUGGUAACAUCGUGGUGCGCAUCCUUCAUGAUUUGGAGGAGAUCAAGCAAAUCAUCACCGACUGGGGUCAAGGAGCACUGUCCAUGGAGUACCUGGGGCCUGUGUAA